AUGAUAACCAGCAUAGAAGUAAUCAAACUAAACAUGUUCCUAACAUUUCAUGCUUGGUCGGUCAAAGGCAACUAUGUCGAGAACACACGUAAUCCUUUACCUAUUCGCUAUAAUCGUCAGUGUUUGCACUGGUACAAGUCGCUAUCAGAAGGAGAGUUUACGAGACAUGACUUCUGCUUUGUUCAACCACCGCAGUCGUCGUUUGAGCAGAUGGAAUGA